AUGAUGGUCGUCUUGGUGGUCGGUGCCUCCGUAGAUUACGCCUCGUCUUGCGAACCGUCGUCCCUUCCAGGCUUCGCGAAUUCCGUAGAUCUGUCGGGAAAUGGCCUAAUGCUGCACUGGACCCUCAACGCCUCGCGCCUGCAGUUCGCACUAGAAGCCAAACCCGCCAGUGCGGCCGAGUCCGGCUGGUUCUCCGUCGGCUGGACGGCAAACCGCGGCCGUAUGUACCCCGCGGAUUGCGUGGUCGGGAACCUUCCGGGAAGCAGCGUCGGCGCGUAUCACAUCAGCGGAUACAGCCAGUCUGACGUGGCGCCUUCUGAUGGGUUCUCGAUUGGGACGCCUGAGUUGACAGCUGCGAGUAAUGGUGGCGGCACAAUUAUGAGGUUCGCCCGGUCAGAAGGGGACGGAGGGGCCGUACCAGUCAGCUUCACUGGCACCAACAGCCUCAUCUGGGCCUUCUCCGAAGGUUCAAUGAAUGUGGACUUCACGUGUCAGACUGCACCUGCUGCUGGCACCUCAAUCUCAGAUGAUGACGACAAUGAUGACGACGACAAUGGGGGUGAUGAUGAUGAUGAUGACGACGACGAUGAUGAUGGUGAAGAGGAGGAAGAUGAGAACCAAUCAUCGGGGUCCACGUCAGCAGCUGCUGCUGCGUCUGGGAGUGGCAGCCAGGCGUGCCAGCCGUCCACCCUGCCGGUUUAUUCCUGCUCCGUGCAGCUCAAGGGAAAAGAAAUUCUCAAAAGUCCCUCUCAGCAAUCCGCCCCCCUUCUCUUUUCUCCCCCCAUCCACUUCACGACUCCUGUUAGUUUCAUCCUCCAUUGGAAGACCGGGGCAAACACAGUAGCAAUGGCUGCUGAAGUGGCGACGUCUGGUUGGGUGGCGAUCGGAUGGUCCAAGAGCAGCAAGAUGUACCCCGCUGACGCAGCCAUUGGGAAUCUGCCACCUGGCACUCUCGCCAACGGGGCGGCGGUGGGAGCCUAUCACAUGAGCGGCUACGGCCUGUCUGACGUGGCGCUGACGUCAUCGUUCGAGCUGACCAACACGACGACCACCACAGCAAAUGGCCGAACAACAAUCACCUUAGAGCAGCCCCUCUCAGUGGAAUCGGUCCCAAUCAGCAGUCCCUCUCAGUGGAAUCGGUCCCAAUCAGCAGUCCCUCUCAGUGGAAUCGGUCCCAAUCAGCAGUCCCUCUCAGUGGAAUCGGUCCCAAUCAGCAGCCCCUCUCAGUGGAAUCGGUCCCAAUCAGCAGUCCCUCUCAGUGGAAUCGGUCCCAAUCAGCAGCCCCUCUCAGUGGAAUCGGUCCCAAUCAGCAGCCCCUCUCAGUGGAAUCGCUUUGAGCGCCCCCUCUCAGUGGGUGCGGUCCCGAUCGAUCAGCAGCGGCGCCACCAGCAUGCUCUGGGCUCCGACCGGCCAGUUUCGGUGGGAGCCGUGCCCAUCAGCAGUAGCGGCGCCACCAGCGUGCUCUGGGCCUUCUCAGUCUUCGAGCGCCCCUUGUCAGUGGGGUCUGUCCCAUUCAGCAGCAGCGGCGCCACAAGCGUGCUCUGGGCCAUCUCAUGGUCUAAGCCCGACGACCCCUCCCCCUUCCCCCAUCUUAUCCACCCUUCACCUCCCGCCCACAGCUUCGAGCGACCCCUCUCGGUGGGUUCUGUCCCAAUCAGCAGCAGUGGCGCCACCAACAUGCUCUUCGCAUUCUCUCGCCUUGCCUCCCUCCUAUUCAACUCUGCCUACUUUUUGUCCCCCCGUGGCUUCACCUCACCUCACCCGCAACACAAUUGCAGCUUUGAGCGACCCCUCUCAGUGGGAGUGGUCCCCAUCAGCAGCAGCGGCGCCACCAGCGUGCUCUGGGCCUUCUCUCGCUCCGACUCGCAGCAACUGGACGACCACGGGCCAAAUGACGUGCUCUGGGCCUUCUCUUGCUCCGACUCGCAGCAACUGGACGACCACGGCCCCAACGACAUUGGGAGGACCACGGGCCAAAUGAGUGAGUGGCAUGUGCUGGGGAGAAAGGGGCUUGCUUGGCCCAACCAGUCGGUUACAGGCAUGGGAAGCCAAUAG